GACGUCACCUGAGGGAGAAGAAAUGGGCGAACUGUAGUAUCCUGGGGGUCCUGCAUUUGCUGUAAAGAUGAUGUCGCUCUGGCUCAAAAAUCCACAACAAUCUAAUAAAUUGUUUUGCAUCGAAGCCAUUACAUAUUAAAAUUAUCAAUCUAAAUACCUAACAAACGAGAACACUAAUAAAGAAAUCGGUUUCCGUAAGUUCGAAACAGAAUUGUUUGAUACGAAAAGUGGGGAUUGGGGAUGAAGAGCAGCGUACGUUCAAUUGCCGUCGUGAGGCAAUUUUCACACGCAGCUCGUGGUGGAAUAUAAGUACCCAUCGGUGUUGGUGUCAUGCCAAGUAGUCGUGAUGAACGCAAUGGGAGACUUGGAGAUCACAUCAAAAGGACAAGUAGCAUGCAUGUUAGGUCAGAUGCAUCGGGAAGUGACUUAGAGGCUAACAAUAUGGAAAGUGUAUCUGAAUCUAGGAGUAGUAAACUUUCUCGUCGCCAUAGUGGGGGAAGUAAAAGUGGAAGGAAUUUGACUAGUAGUUCUGGAAGCAAAAAAAGUCGGAGAAAAAGGCACUCAAGAGAAGCUCUAUCUGGAGUGCCUCAAGACAAUAAUCAAAUUCACUCUCUUGCUUCGUCAGUUGUGAAGCCACUUGUUGAAUAUUCUGAUGUUAGUUCGGAAGAUUUGUCAGGGCCAGAGGCAGGUGAAAUUCAAAGUGAUGAAAGUGUUCAUGCUACAUUAAGUGAAGGGGAAGUUAGCACUCCUCCUGGACAUGCACAUCAUCAUGGGCAUCGUAAACAUAGUAGGGAUAGUGAAAGAGGAAAGUCAUAUAGUAGUAGUAGUAGUAGGCAUCAUACAGACAGAAAGUAUCACCACUCUCCAUCAAGAAGUGAACAUAGACAUGGAGGGCAAAGACAUUUGUCCUCACCCCCAUUAGCUAUGAGAUCACCAUCUCCAUCAUCUGUUACACUGAAAGGCAAACAUCGAGAGAGACAUACAUCAGUUUCAUCCGUUACAUCGAAGGGGAGUGAGAAGAGGCAUCACCACCAUGGACGUUCUUCAUCAGUAGAGAAACACCAUGUCCCUAGACCUGUUUCUCCUCUAGAAGUUUAUCGGAAAAUUAAAGAAGAAAUGCAUAUGUCUGAAGGAAGGCAUCGGUCUGGAAGCUCAAGUCGUCGGAAAGAGAAGAAGCAUAAAAGGGAGAAAAAUGAAAGGAAGUCAAGAAGUACACACAGGAUGAGUAGAAGUCCAAAUUCUAAUAGUAGUAGGAAGAAGAAGAAAAAGAAGUAUGUUCAUUCCAGAAGUCAGAGUCCUGAAAUUGUUGAAGAUGGUAUUCUUAGGAGUCCAGAAGUAACAAGAAGAAUCAGUAGUCCUGCAAGAUCUGUUGAAGAUCUGGAUUGUGUGCGUGCAUGGAAUAGACCUGCUUCUCCUGAAGUGGAAACCAUAGAGUCGGCCUCUCCAGUGGAGAAAAAUAAUGUUAUUUCUCCUGAGUCUCCACCUUUUAUUGGAACACCUGUGAGCCCUCCAGGAGGAAGUGAUAUGGAUAUUGAACGCUCUGAUCAAGAAGGCAGUGGUUCCAUACAGUCUCGAACUCCACCUCCAACAGGAUCUACCCUUCACCGAAGUUCUCCUGUAGCUUCUCCUCACACACCACCUCUCCCACCGAAAGCAUAUGAAAAACUUGGGGUAUCGAGGUUAGCAGAAACUGAUCGUCUGCGAGGGAGUUGCUCACCAAGAAUAAUAGAUAGUGUGCGUAGUCCUCCACCUGCUGUACAUCGACCUCACAGCCCUGGAGAGAGAAUUGGCUCAAGGUCUAAACCAGUUCCAAUUGAUGAUGAUGAUGACGAUGAUGAACUGCCUUCUGCAUCGAGAAGGGAGCGUCGUCAAUGGUCAGGUCACAGUAUAUCUCCUGUUACACGACAUCCUCCUCAGUCUCAUUCCAGCCGCCGGAGUGCAAGUCCUUCAAGUCGUAAACGGCGAAAAUCAUCUCGGAGUGAUAGAUCACGGCGCCCACAUCGCCGAGAAAAAGAAAGAGAGAGACCGAAAUCAUCACGUUCUCGCAGAUCCAGGAGCAGGUCACCGGGAAGGAUACGUCGUCCUCCAAGUCGUUCAAUCACCCGUUCUCGCAGUCGCAGUGCCCCAAGAUGGAGACGGCCCAGUCGGUCUCGAUCCCGUUCUCCAAGAGGUCGCAAUGUCCGACACUGGAGUCGUUCCCCUAGUUACUUGGGGCGUGGAAAUCGACGAUCUUCUCGUUCCCGUUCUCCAAGAGCAAAGCCGCUCAUCCCAAAGAGACGCCGUUCCCAAACUCCAUCUCUACGUCGGUCCCGAAGCCCAUUCACGCGUCAACGUGCAUCACGCAGUCCCCAGACACCUCCUCGCAAAGUAGUAAAGGUUCGAUCUCGUAGCCCCAUUCCAAAGAGUCCUCGCACACCUAAAAGUCCAUUAUCAUCUACUUCAUCCAAAGAACUUAGAGUGGCAAAUAUGAGUGAAACAAGUCUCUUUUCAGAACUCGUUAAAAACAAAAAUACUCGUGAAUUGGCUAUGAAAUGGUCAGCUGCUUUGAAGGAAAAAACUGCAGCACGCGAUGAUUCAGAUGAUGUUAUUGUAAUUGAUAAAGAUGAAAAUAGUAAUGAUCAAACUGAAACCCCUAAUCCUACUCCCACUCCCCAGUUCACACAUAUGGCUCCUGUUGAUGUGAACAGCAUUCCUGUUCCUUGUGAAAAUGAUAUACCGCCUCAAGUACCAGCUUAUCCACAAGUUCCAGUGGCAGUACAAGCUUCCAGUGGUUAUUAUCCACCACCACUGCCUCGUGGAGUUCCUCCACAUACUGUUCCAGGUGCAAAUCAGUCACAAGCUGUAAUGCCACCUGUAGGAAACACUCCUAAUGCUGUUCCUGUUGUGGAGACAUCUCCCAUGUUACCUCAAACAUAUACAAUUCCUUCACCAAGUGUAACAUCAACUACUCCAGCUGCACAGACCAUUCCUAUUGUUGCAACUGUAGUUCCACCUCCUCCAGCAGCAAGUGCUGUUCCACCUACGACAGUACUGCCAACGACCCCACCACCAGCGGCAGCAGCAACAGCAGCAGCCCCGCCACCCCCACCACCACCACCUCCAGCAGCACGAGUUCAGGAAACAGUUAUCACUAUUACUUCUCCAAAGCCUCCUGCCAAAGUUGUAGCACCAGGACCAGUACCAACUCAAUCUUCUAGUGGAAAUGAAGCACAGCCGAAUAAACAAGAUGCCAAAUUAAAAAUAGGGCCAAGUGAUUGUACAGUGGGAAAAACAAAGGCUCUUGGUGACUCUGAAACAAGUGGCUCAAGAAUGGAGGCAAAUCGUCCUGUAAAUAAGCCAAAGGAUUUAACAAAGCUUCCUAUGCCUCCUGGAAUACAACAAAGUGACUUUGAAAGCAUUGAUUCUCCACCCAGUCGGUCACCCACACCUGAACCUGUCAAAACAAAACAGCCAGGAAUUAAAGAUUUACCCAUGCCUCCAGGUAUGUUAGACUCAGAAGAUCUCAGUCCUGAUGAAGAUGCAGUUUUAACUCCUCCUCCUCCAGCUGCUGUGGAAAGAUCCAGGCCUACACGAACACUUCCACGACCAAAAUUAAAGAGACCAAAGAUCAUACACCGUCGUCGAGCAAAAUUGACCAUUAACAAAGACUGGGGUGAACGUUGUGUAGAUGUAUUUGAAGUCAUGACUCAAAUUGGUGAGGGUACAUAUGGACAAGUUUACAAAGCAAGAGAUAAACAGUCCGGUGUUCUUGUUGCAUUGAAGAAAGUUCGUUUAGAAAAUGAAAAAGAAGGUUUUCCUAUUACUGCUGUACGUGAAAUUAAAAUCCUGCGGCAGUUAAACCACAAAAAUAUUGUGAAUCUUCGGGAAAUUGUUACUGACAAACAAGAUGCUUUGGAUUUCCGGAAGGACAAAGGCUCAUUUUAUCUAGUGUUUGAAUACAUGGACCAUGAUUUGAUGGGGUUACUGGAAUCUGGUAUGGUGGAUUUCAACGAAAAUCAUAAUGCAUCAAUAAUGCGCCAACUUUUGGAUGGUUUAAAUUAUUGUCAUAAGAAAAAUUUUCUUCAUCGUGACAUUAAGUGUAGCAAUAUUCUAAUGAACAAUAGAGGGGAGGUGAAACUUGCAGACUUUGGUUUGGCACGAUUAUAUAAUGCUGAUGAUAGAGAAAGACCAUAUACAAAUAAAGUUAUCACUUUGUGGUAUCGUCCUCCAGAACUUCUAUUAGGCGAAGAACGAUAUGGACCUGCAAUUGAUGUAUGGAGCUGCGGUUGCAUCUUAGGGGAACUAUUUGCCAAGAAACCAAUGUUUCAGGGAAAUGUUGAGCUUGCUCAGCUUGAAACCAUCUCUAGGAUUUGUGGGACUCCUACGCCAGCAGUCUGGCCUUCUGUUAUAAGGCUUCCUUUGUGGAAUAUGCUCAGGCCAAAGAAACCUCACAUCAGGCGUUUACAGGAGGAAUAUAAGAUGUUCAUGCCAACUCCUGCUUUAGAUCUACUAGACAAGAUGCUGCAGUUGGAUCCUUGUAAAAGAAUAACUGCAGAAGAAGCAUUAAAAUCAACAUGGCUCAAAAAUGUCAAUCCAGAAAAAAUGCCAAUACCUGAACUGCCAACAUGGCAAGAUUGCCAUGAGUUGUGGAGUAAAAAACGCCGACGUCAACUUAAAGAACAGCAAGAAUCCCUGCAAAAUUUACCUCCUGGGAAACCUUCUCUUAUGAAAGAAAAAUCAUUGCCUGGAAAAAUGCAAUUUGAUGAUGAAAUGGGCGGAUCUUCGAACUGUACACCCACGAAGCAACCAUUAUCUGAAAGUUCAUCCAAAGCAUUGAAGAAAGAAGCUGCUGGUUUCUCCUCCCGUUCAUCAGAAGAAUAUAACCAGAGUAUGUUAGCUGCUGCAAUGGCUGGUGGAGGAGCAGGACUACUGAAUCGCUCCCCUAUGUCUCAGCAGUUGCGAGAUGAUAAUUCUCCUCCAUCGCCAACUGGUCUUAUGGGACGACCCAUACCGCGUAUAGGAACAUCAGAAGGGUCACUGACUCCCCCUAGUAAUUCAGGCUCUCGGUUAGGAGCCCCUAUACGCCCUCCAGUUCCAAUAUCAACUUCUUCCAAUCAUUCAGAGAGUUCUCAUACACCACCAGGCUGCUCAAAAAUGUCUGAAGAUGCUUUAAGUGGUGGAACUGGAGUAGAACCACAACAAAUGUCACUGCAAAGACAACUCUCAGUGCUUUCUCAUGCAUUGACAAACAAAUUGCCAAUUCGUGUGGAGCAGCUGAUGGCCCUUCGCAAUGACAAGGAUGACCCAGUUACAUAUCAGCUAAUUGAAAAGUUGCAAGCAGAGCUUCUACUAGCCGGAAGUCCUGCUAAAUUCAACAGUAGUGUUCCUCCCCCCAAACUUGAUCCAAAACAUUUUGUAUUUAAUCCUCAAAGUGGUAGCUCCUGGGGCCUUGGCCAGAAAGGUGAUGGAUUUGAUGCCCAUGCUGUAUAUGCUGGUGACAAUGCAAUAAGCAGCAGUAGUGGUAAUCGAUCGCGUGGGCUUCUGACACCUUUAUCUACUGAAGGAGUACGACGUACAUUGGCAGAACUUCUUGUACGCCAUGGUUUAUCAGGACCUGCUGGUAUCCUUGCAAAAACUCUGCAAGUGGCACAACCAAAUAGUGAACCAAUUCCACUUCAUGUUCAUCCACACGCACGAGGGCUAUCUUCUCAACAUCCUGGAUAUAAUAAUGGCAGUGAACAAAUUAAAAAUCCUUCGGAAGGGCAACCAAUAGCAACUACAUAUAGUUCUGACCCCAAUAUUCGGACAGCUAUUGUUAAUGCUGACGAUGGGUUGAAAGGGCUUAGCCCUAGUGAAAGAGGGUGUCCACCUCACAACCAAAUGCUGAUAAGAAGUAGUGGUCGUGGUCGAGGUGGUAACAGUGUUGGGGGACUUAUACUGCCUAGAGUUGGGCUUCCCCCGAGAAGUGGACCUGGAAAUGUCUCUUUGGGAUCAGUUGGCCCUCGAAUGCCUCUACCUUCCCGAGAAGAACCUUCAGUAACAGGGCCACAUGUGUUCCCACCAACUAUGUGUGUCCGACCUCACAUUUCUCCGUGGGCACAACCUCCCCCUCGUACUGCUCCAGGACAGUCAUUUCCAUGGAGAGCACCACCCUCUAACAGGUAGUGUUGAUGUGCUGAAAAUAUUUUUGUGCGCAUGCGUGUGUGUGUAUUUAGUGGAGAACAUGUGCUGUGAAUAUUACUUUACAAAAAUGUGAUUUUGCUGCAAGUUGCUGUGUAUAAAUGAAAAUAUGGAAUGUACAGUUUAAAGUUCCUUCUAAAGAGAUUGAACUACUAAAUAAUGUACAAAAGAACCAGGGUAAUAGUGGAGGGUGUGAACUUAAUUUUUUCUUCCACUGUGUACUGUCUGUUAAUUAUUGUUGGGUCUUCGGGCAUUGUGCGAGGAGGGUGUUUCCUCCUUGGAUAUAAUGCUGAUAAUGCCUUUGUUUUUACUUUCAUUUCAUGUUAAUAUAAUAUUAUUUUAUUUCAAUUGUACUUUUUGCACUCAAAACUGAUGAAGCCUGACAAGUAAUGACUUUUUGUAUGUAACACCAGUUAGUUUAUUAUACUUAUUGCUGGUGAAUUGUUGUUACCCUUAUUGGUAUUGUUAUGAAAGAAAUUUGCUCAUAACUAAGCUCCCUUUCUUUUCCUUGUGAUGCUUCCAUUUUGUAUGAGUGAUUAUUAUCUUCCAGAAGACUUGAUACAUGAAAACAAUGCAAAUUGUGAAACAAAAGUAAUUUGUUGUAUUAGGGCCAGGUUGAUUAAUGCUUUGAAGGAAUAUAGUUAUUCCAAUUUCCAUCUGGCAUGAACAAUUUUGCAUAUAGCCCAGUCUAAGAUCAGUUAGUCAACAGUCAUGUAAUGACAAUUUGUUUCUGUACAUUUAGAGGUAUGACUGUACUACAUGCAGUACUCACAAUCUUUCUCUUCCCUGUAGGAAUUAUCAAAAAUUGCUUUAACAAAUCUUUUUGUAUAAUAAAAAACAAGUUAUUUUCACUACUGUCUAAUAAUGAGUAGUUUUUGUACCUGGGUUGUAUUAACUGCUGAAACCUUCAGAUACUGGAGUAAAACGGUGUCUGCUAUUUUAGAACAGAAUAAUGUAGUCGCCUGAAAUUUUUUCGUAUCGCACUUUUAAUGCACUUUAUUUAAAAGUGCUUGGUAAUUGGGAAAAGCGUGUCUGGCUGAAAUGCUCCAUUUUAGGUGCAUUUAAUUCCAGUGAAAUAAUGCAGUGCAUUUUCCCUUGCUGCUGCAUCACAUAUAAUAAAUAUGUAAAAUGAAAGAAGUUUUGCUGUUCUGCUUUUUUGAUGUUGCGUAUUUAGAUAUAUUGUAUCUGCAUUACACAGUACAAAUUAGGGCGUUUCACUUCUAUAAUCAAGUUCAGGAGUAUCAACAAUGUUCUGUGAUGGUGCGUUUUCAUAUAUAUAAAUAUAUAUUAUCGUUAUCACCUAGUCACAUUCUCUAAUUUAUUUACUAAUUUUCAGUGUGCAGACGUACUGUCAGCGUAUUUCAGAAUUGAAUAAUUGUGAUCCAUGAACAUUAAAAUAUCUUUUGCUUCGUUUAUGAUAUUCUACAUUGUGGUUUCCUAGAAUGAUAAAAAAAUUUUGAAGUAUUAAGCUGUUCUGUGAGCUACCUGUGAGUGCCUGUACAAGAUUUAAUAUCUGCUUUGUUAGCAGUGUACAUAAUAAAUCUAUUUUGUUUAGUGUAGGAAUAUUGUUCAGUUCAACGAAAAAGUACUCGGAACUGGAACAGAACGUUCUAGUAUAUCAGUAUUUCCUACAUAGAUAAUGAAACAGUGAUUAUUUCACAUAGAACAUUUUCAAUUAGAUAUUUACUGUAUAUCUAAAGGGAUCUGCCAAUUGUCGUGUCAAAUGGGUGUAACCAUCACAAAGGAUUCGUAAGUUGAAUAAUAAAUGCAAGAUCUCCAAUUCUGGAUUUUAUUUUGUGUAAAUAUGACAAAAGAGGUUAGUGAUAUCAUAUAUCCCUUUGAAAUGCAUACAUACUAUACUUAGUCCUACAAAUUUUGAAAACCAUUUAGGACAAGAAUUCAUUUUAAAGAAAGAGAAGAAAGUCUGAUCAUUCCAGCUUACAGAAUGAGAGCUACUUGUGCCUUGUGGCUGUUUGAUUUCUGUGAAUUUUGAAGUAUUGCCCUAUAAGAUAUAAAAUUUCAUUUCAUGGUGAAACAUGGCUCAUAAUCAAGUUGCUUUGUAAUAAAUACAUUAAAUAAUUAUACAUAGUAUAAAUGAAAAUAAUUGUUCUCUUGAGAAUGAAAGUGAUUGGAGAAUGCUUUUGUGAUUACUUUAGUUAAUGAUAUGAUGUAUGAAGUAGGAUGAAUUAAAUGUGAAGUUACAUGCAUUUGGUGUUAUCUUCCUAAAGAUGUGUAUAUCACUUCCUUCCAAAAAGAAAAUUCAAAUUCCCAGUGAAGAAAAUUAUGAGGGGAGACUAAUUGUUAGGUAAUGCAGAAUCUUAUCUUGUUCACACUGAAUAAUUUCCUUAUCAUCCCAGCAGUGACAGUGUGUGUGUACAUACAUACAAAUAUAUAUGUAUAGAGAGGUAGUAAAAAUGUCACAAGUCUGUUAGUCACAGUUCUGUUGGCAAUGGGCUUUGCAGACAACAAAGAAUAUUUAGCAUAUAUUUACUUUGGCCAAAGUUCUAUGUAAGUGUACUUCAAAUGCACAGAAUGUCUUGUAUAUCUAACCUAUAUUUUAUAUCUUUGUUUAUAGAGGAAAACAGCAUUUAUCGAGAGGUAUACUGAAUUACCAAAAUGCUAUUAAUUUUGAAAUUACCAACAUUCCUCGAGAACAUUAUCUGCAUUUGGCGUUAGUCUUGACAUUAUUGUCAUUGUCAUUUACAUAAUGUUACAAAGUGGCAAUUUAUUGGAUUGCACACUAGUUUUCCAAAUGCCUUUAAUGAAUUUCAAAACUAUUAAAAGAUGUUGAGUGUUCUGUGUAAUAAUAUCAACAUACGUAUACCUAAUACCACAUAAGGAAUACCGUGGCUUAAAACUUUUUUUUUGGUUAUAUACAUCUAAGAAUUCAUUUUCCUAAUACUAGUUCCAUAUUGUUUCUUGGACAUUGUUAUACCAUGAUAUUCCAGAAUUUCACAAAAUGCACCAAUGCUACUUUAUUGUUUUUGGG